CCCCCUGGAGAAGGUACAACAUCAGAAGGUGCAAGAUAAACCUUAACCGACUCUUCGCACGGUGCUGCAUGGCUUCUCUCCUUCGACGGGCCGAACCUCCCCGGAGCUUCGUUGCAGCCUGAGGGGAGAGCUGAUUCCAUGUGGCACUCGGUGAUGCAGUCAGUGAACCCUGCGUAGUUUGAUCCUGUCUUUAAUACCCGGCCCAGGCAGUUCAAGGAGAGAGAAGCAGACCCAAGGAGGACAGCGCCAAUCAGAAGGUGUUUCCAGCUAUUCGGUGAGUGGAUGAGGCCCCUGCUACAGGGACACUGAGAGUGGAGCUGAAAAAAAUACGGGAGUAAAUAGGUAAUGGAGAUCUACAAUUCCUCUUAUGACAACUUGGUGGAUUAUGAUAUUUAUGAUGAUGAUUUGGCCACGGUUAGUGUUAAGCAAGAGCCAUCACAUGAUGCAAGAGACAUUGCUAGAAUCCUCUCUGUUGUAAUCUACAGCCUCACCUGCCUCCUGGGAAUACUGGGGAAUGGCCUAGUCAUCACGAUCAUCACUUUCAAGAUGAAAAAGUCCAUCAAUGCCAUUUGGUUUCUCAACCUGGCUGUUGCCGACUUUCUUUUCAACAUCUUCCUGCCGCUGAAUAUCGCGUACACCGCCAUGAACUACCAUUGGGUCUUUGGGGCAGCCAUGUGCAAGUUAAACUCCUUCCUCCUCAACCUGAACUUGUACAGCAGCGUGCUGCUGCUGACGACGAUCAGCCUUGACCGUUGUGUGUCCGUGGUCUUCCCAGUCUGGGCCCAGAACCAUCGAACCACCACUCUGGCUUGUUUGAUUUGCGUCGUCGACUGGGUGGUUGGUUUGGUCAUGAGUUUCCCAUCUCUCAUUUUCCGGGACACUGCAACUCACCAAGGCAAGGUGAUUUGUUUUAAUAACUACUCCUUGUCCAGAAAUACGUCUGACCAUCUUCAGGGUAUGAUGAGACACCAGACUGUAAACAUCAUCAGGUUUCUGACAGGGUUUGUCAUUCCCAUCACCAUCAUCACAGUCUGCUACAUGACCAUCGUCUUCAAGCUGAAAAGAAACCGGCUCGCCAAAUCCAAAAAGCCCUUCAAGAUCAUUGUCGCCAUUAUUGUGACCUUCUUCUUGUGCUGGGCCCCCUACCAAGUCCUGAACCUCCUGGAAACACAGCAUGACCACAUCUCCCAUAUGGUAUUCAUGAUUGGGAUUCCCAUCACCACGGCUCUGGCUGUGGCCAGCAGCUGCAUGAAUCCCAUCCUUUAUGUCUUCAUGGGCCAGGACUUUAAAAAGUUUAAGGUGACCAUCCUCUCCAGACUAGUAAACGCACUAAGUGAAGACACCACCCACUCGACUCUCGCUCAGAGGAGCUUCUCAAAGAUGUCCUCAAUGACUGAAAAGGAGACCGCCUUUCUCUGAGCAAUACCUGUGGUACCUGAGGGGCUCACCCAGGAUAAGCUCCCAUCAGCUUUUAUUUGGAUGCCAAAGAUAAUUGCACUGAGAUCUUUGAACAUUCUCUAGUGCUUUCAAAAUAUGGUUGAAGAAGUGUUCCAAGCACCGCCUGGGUUUUCCCGAUCCAAUCUGUGCAUCUGCCCACAUUAGUCAUGUCUGAUGACGGGUGCCAGGAAUCUUCACUAUAGGUUCUCUGACCCAGAUUGUUAAAAAGUGACAGACCAUAUGCACUCGCAAUACCAGUGCUGGUAGCGCUCCAUGUACCUUUUGCUUGCACCUUUACACUUUUCUCCUCAUGCCUCCUGAACUGCUCAAGAGAAGGACAAUACUACCUUAAAGCACCUGGAAUCAAAACUGCAGAUAUGGGUUAUUAUGUCCUAGAGUUUAGAACGCUCUGUGGCCAAAAUGCAUUUCCAUCCAUCCAUCUUUGACUACUGGACUAGUUAAUUCAUUUAGUCUUUUGCCCAAAUCAGAUCCUCAAAGAUUAUACAUGCUCACACCUAAUAACUGUGUGUUCAAACCCUGCAUUAGUGGUGACUGCACAUGCAGACUGGUAUUUUCAUGCACAAAUCUCCAUUUGCACACACAAUUGCUUAGUCUAUGGGCAAAUUAGCACCCAAAUGUAGAAAAUUUUACCUUAAAUGACUAGAAGACUGGGUAAUGUAGAAGUUUCCAGAGACCAAGGAAAUUGAAGAGACCUAUCCCAAAGAGAGAUAAAAGUGCAGAGAAGAGAAAAACAGAUUCCUUCCCACUGAAGUUGGGGAGAAGGUGGAGGAGGCCAUGACUUGUAACUCUUAGCUUUGAGGACAUCCUUCCAAUGCCCACCACUAAGGAUACAAUUAUGUCACAGAAGUCAUGGAUUCUGUCACUUUCACAGACUGCCAUGACAUUUUCCGCGUCAGCCCCAAGGUAGCAGGGGGCCGGAGCUGUCAGCCAGCGGGGGCCCUGGAGCUCCGAGCAGCACCAGGCUGUGAGGGCCCCAGAACUCUCAGCCACUGCAGGUGGCAGGAGGCCCCAGAGGGUGCUGGGAGUACCUGGGGGGCCACCCACAGGUGGUGGGGGCACCCGGAGGGCAGCGAGCAGCAGGGGCCCCUGUCCAUGACUUUUACUAAAAAUAACCGUGACAAAAUCUUCACCUUGCCCAUCACACACAGUGAGAUCAAAAUGUGGUGCUUGUCUAGCUGGGAUAUAUAUUGCUUAUUAUAUAAGAAAAUGAUUAUGAAUAUGUUAUGUACAGAAUAUGCAUAUAGCCACUUAACCAACAUCUUAAAGGCAUAUAAUAUAUUGGUACGAGUAUAAUAAGUUUUUAAAUUGUGUUCUGAACAUUCUUUUCUCAUCAAGUCCACCUGAAGUCGGAAAGG